AUGGAGGUAGUCCCGAGGAAGAAUCGCAUGCAUUAAGUUCCAGCAGAUCAUAGACAAUGUACACCUCGGAACGCAGGCGAAUGAGCCUGCGCGAGCUGAAGAGGAGAGACCCGGUUUGGGUGUCUGCUGGAAGUUUGUGGCAGGACUCUCUGGCCAUAGAGCUGAACGGCAGUAAACAGAUCGUCUCUCCGCGGAGUCGGACCAGGGCGCUCUCCGUGGCAUACAUUGUGAACGAGGACGCAUCCGUGCCGCAAACUGAGGAGAACUUAUCCCUGAAAUGCUUAAAGGAAGCCUGCGCGGACGCACACGCCGUCUUCAAAACCAUUCCAUUUGAGAGGAUCUCACUGGGCGCGACUGACAUCCUGGAUAGUUUCUACAACGCAGAUGUUGCAGUGGUGGAGAUGAGCGACUUCUUCUGCCAGCCUUCCCUUUUCUAUCACCUCGGAGUGAGAGAAAGUUUCAGCAUGACUAAUAACAUCAUACUGUACUGUUACAAGAAAGAUAGUGAUCUACAGGCUGUCAAGGAGCAGUGUGGGUGCUACACGUUGAUCCCGUACGUAGUGUCCCCGCAGGGCAAAGUGUUUGCUUCUGAUGCUGCGAUGAUGACUGGUAUCAAAGACUUGAUGCAGCCCAGUUUCCAGCUGGAGCCCCUGCUGACCCCGCUGGUGGAGAGACUGGUUCAUCUGCUCAACAAUGUUCAUGUUCACACCAGUGAGUAUUUCCGGGAGUCGAUCAGGCAUGAGAUCCGUAAGGCACGGGAGAGGUUCAGCGGGCAGGCCUUGAGCGAGGAGCUGAGCCGGAUACAGAAGCGGCUGGACAGUGUGGAGCUGCUCACUCCUGAUAUAGUCAUGAACCUGAUGCUGUCCUACAGGGACAUCCAGGACUACGAUUCCAUUAUCACGCUGGUGGAGACCCUGAACAACCUGCCCAUGUGUCUGGCAGCAGGACAUCAGAAUAUUAAGUUUCAUUAUAUAUUUGCUCUGAACAGGAGGAAUCAUCCUGGAGAUCGUGCUAAAGCUUUGAAGGCCAUUCUUCCUAUCGUGGAGUCGGGGGAGAAGGUGGCGUCGGAUGUCUUCUGCCUGUGUGGACGCAUCUACAAAGACAUGUUCAUGAGCUCUGGGUUCACUGACGUGUCCAGCAGAGACCAGGCUUGCUAUUGGUACGGAAAAGCGUUCGAGACAGAGCCGACUCUUCACUCAGGCAUCAACAACGUGGUCCUCCUGAUGGCAGCUGGACAUGAAUUUGAAACUUCCAUUGAGCUGCGCAAAAUCGGUGUGACUCUGAGCACCCUGCUUGGUAGAAAGGGCAGUUUAGAGAAGAUGAAGGACUACUGGGACGUCGGCUUCUACGUCGGAGCCAACAUCCUCGCUAACGAACACAGAAAAGUCAUCGAGGGCUCCGACAAACUCUACAGACUCAACACUCCAAUCUGGUAUGUGGCAUCACUUAUGGAGACUUUCAUCCUGUACCGUCAAUUUGCCAAGCCGCCCGAGGUGAAGUCUCCCAAACAGGACACUGUGGACUUCUGGAUGGAGCUGCUUUUGCAGACCUGCAAACCUUCUGUCUCCACAGAUCGCUGCCCAGUGCUUAUUCUGGAGCCUAGUAAAGUCCUCCAACCAGCUAUUGUGUGUGUGAGCGAGGAGGACGAAAGCCGAACUGUCCAGUUGAAACACAUCACACCUUUAAAGAAAGGCUUACACCAGUGGACUUUCCCAGCCUGUGCAAUUCGAGGAGUGAGUGCUUCAAAGAAUGACGAGCGAAGCUGCUUCCUGUAUGUCCACUACAAUUCAGAUGACUUCCAGCUCUGCUUCCCCUCUGAGCUUCACUGUAAAGGUUUCUGCGAGCUGGUAAACUCUCUGCUGCAGCAGGCUGAAGUCCAUGAUCAGAACCUGGACCACGGGAGUGGGGGGAUACUUGAGUACAUCUAUGAGACCAAUGGCAAUAGAGACAAGGUGGUUCUGGGUAAAGGGACAUACGGUGUGGUGUACGCAGGGAGAGACGUGAGCAACCAAGUACGCAUCGCCAUCAAGGAAAUCCCUGAGAAGGACAGCACGUACUCGCAGCCCCUCCAUGAGGAGAUCGCUCUGCACAAGAGGCUCAAACACAGAAACAUUGUGCAGUACCUGGGCUCUGUCAGUCAGGAUGGUUUCAUCAAGAUCUUCAUGGAGGAAGUACCUGGAGGAAGUUUGUCAUCUCUCCUGCGCUCCAAAUGGGGUCCUCUGAAAGACAACGAAGCCACCAUCAUCUUCUACACCAAACAGAUCCUCGAGGGGCUCAAGUACCUUCAUGACAAUCAGAUCGUCCACAGAGACAUUAAGGGUGAUAAUGUAUUGAUCAACACCUAUAGUGGAGUGUUAAAGAUCUCGGACUUUGGAACCUCCAAACGUUUAGCAGGAAUCAACCCAUGCACCGAGACAUUUGCUGGGACUCUCCAGUACAUGGCCCCGGAGAUCAUAGACCAGGGGCCUCGGGGUUAUGGAAAGCCGGCUGAUAUCUGGUCCCUUGGGUGCACUAUCAUAGAGAUGGCAACAGGCAAAACACCCUUCCAUGAGCUGGGAAGUCCUCAGGCAGCGAUGUUUAAGGUGGGGAUGUUCAAGAUCCACCCAAAGGUUCCAGAGUGCAUGUCGGACAAGGCGAAGGUCUUCCUCAUGAACUGUUUUGAGCCGAACCCUGAUGACAGAGCCACAGCUGAAGCGCUGCUGAACGACACCUUCCUCAGGUCGUCUCCCAAGAAGAAGGUGAAGGCUCAGCAGGAAUCAGACACCAAAGACUACCUUUCUUCAGCUGACUAUCAACGCAGCCUGUCUGUACCUAUCUCCAUCCUUGUGGAGGACACUGAUUCGUAUUCUGGUUCAAUCGACCUGUCCUGCUCUCUGGACUUCAGGAGGCCCCAUUCUGCCCUCUUAGCGACUGAAUUCUCAGAGAGCCCUCCGAGCACCAGCAGCUUCCUUUCGAUACCAGAGGACUCUCCAUUUGAAAUGUGCAGUCCUGCCUCAACAGAGGAGAGUGUCGGUCUUUUCAUGCUGAGAAAGGACAGUGAGAGGAGAGCCACACUGCACCGAGUCCUCUCUGACUACAUCAGCCUGGUCGUCUUUAACAUACAGGACAGUGUGCCUCAGCAUGGAGAGGGAUCACCGCUGACCGCAGAGUACAUCACUGAGCUCAUUGAAUGCUUGAGAGACAACAUCCGCUCCCCGGACAGGAAGCAGCUGACCAGCAGCCUUUUAGACCUUCGAGCUACACUGGUCACUGCUGCAGUGCCAAUGAGCAGCCUGCAGGUGGUGCUGUUCGGCUUCCAGGAUGCAGUGAAGAAGGUGUUGAAGCAGCAGAUGGUGAAACCUCACUGGAUGUUUGCUCUGGACAAUCUUCUGAGGCAGGCAGUCCAGGACGCCCUCACUGUGCUCCUACCAGAGCUUAAAAUCCAGCUUCAGUCCUCAUUCGAGGUCGAGGACCUCACUUCUGAGGAGCAGUCUGUAGACCCAGACACUCCUGUAGCUCUUUUCCCUGACCAGCUGGUGGCGCCAGCAGACUCCCAGACGACAAUGUCCGUAAAUGGGUUUCUCCCUUCAGACAGACCAAUCUCCCCAACAGACCUCAACUACAACUGUCCCCUCAGUGAGAAACUGAGAGACCUGCGACUAGAGACCAGACGACUGCUGAAUCAGCUGAACGAGAAGGAGAGGGAGUACCAGGAGCUACUGAAGAACUCUGUGCAGAGGAGACAGGAACAGAUAGAUACACUGAGGAAAGAUAUCGUAGCUGAAGAUGGAGAAAAGGCUCAACAGAAAAGCUCUAAUCCAGAAGUGAAGGCUUUGGUGCGCUGGCUCAAGUCUGUCCCUGUAGAUCAAGACACUAUCAACACGUUGCUCUUUCACGGGUUCACCUUGGACUGUCUCCUCCUCAUCGACUCCAGGGAUGACUUGAUGUACUGUGGAAUAAGAGGGGGCAUGCUGUGUCGAGUCUGGGCGGCCAUCACUGAUCGCAGGAAGAAACACCUCAGCACACACGAUGAGGACAGCGAGGACACUACGCUUUAAUGGCUGCCGAUGUUGCGCAUCAAAGAACAGAUUUAUUGACAGGCUGGUCCUGUGUCAUCUGGCGGAAGUGAGGCAAACAUAACUGAAUUUGAUAGAAAGCAGAUUUUAUUUUUUUACCUUCUUGACCUGGCAAUGUAUUUUUCUGCAUGCAAAGUAGGAAGAGUGUGAUUUAAAGCUACGUCUUACCAGCAUUUCUUUGUUGAUUUUCUCAGGGCUUUUUUUUAUAAAGGUGGGGCUAUGAAUAUGUCUUCAUAAAAAAAACUGCCUAGUAAAGUAGCGAUUUGCCUGCAAACAAACCAUUUUUAAAGGUGCCUUGUGAUGAUGCUUGAAUGUGUUUUAACAAAAACUUAGCAGGAUCUAAGUGACUAAGAGUUAACUAUUUAAGAUGAACGUCCCUUCAGCCUGGAGGAGGGAAAAAUAAAUGUUUAACUUUAUAUCAAAAACUCUUUCAGAUAAUAAACAGGAACUCUAAAUCUCUCA